AUGGGAAUUGGAAGGGGAAAGGUGGCAUGUGAGGGAGCUGAGUGUGCCAAGCAGGCAGUUGAAAGAGUGAGCUGGAGACAUUGUGGAAUGUAUUUGGAAAGUCAGGAGAUGGAGUCAUUCCAGGGUUGGGGGGAGGUGGGAAGGAUCAUACCUAUAGGUAUAGGCACAGGAAACUCUGCCUGGAGCUUGAUUUGCUGUCCUGAGGGAGGUGGACUUGCAGAGGGGGUUGGCAUCUCCAUUCAACGAGUGGGAUUUGGGGCAUAUACAGAAGGCACAUCCCUUUGGAACGGGAGCUCGGGGUUCUCAGGGGCUAGGAAGAGGUGCUUUGACUGA